UAUUGAAUCAUUUCAUUUCACAUCCAUUUGUGAGCUCGCAAAAAUCCCUCUCUCUAUCUCAGACGCACAGAAGCCGCUUCAAAAAUCUGCAAUGGCGACACUAGGUAGAUUAUCGAGAAGAGUCAUAGCGUCAACUAUCUCCGGUCACCUCCGCCACCACCAGAGUCACAAUCUCAUCCGCCGUUCGCUGGCGACGGAAGCUCAGGCGGCAAUAAAUGAAUCGCCGGAUCGAGUGAAAUGGGACUAUAGAGGGCAGAGGAGGAUCAUUCCAUUAGGUCAGUGGGCACCGAAAAUAGCCGUCGAUGCCUACGUGGCGCCGAAUGUUGUCCUUGCUGGUCAGGUGACUGUCUGUGACGGCGCUUCUGUAUGGAACGGAGCCGUCCUAAGAGGAGAUCUAAAUAAGAUUACAGUAGGGUUCUGCUCUAGCAUUCAGGAAAAAUGUGUGGUUCACGCUGCUUGGUCUUCUCCUACAGGGCUGCCAGCAGAAACAGUAGUAGACAGGUACGUUACAGUUGGUGCAUACUGUCUGUUGCGAUCCUGCACAAUUGAGCCAGAAUGCAUUAUAGGGCAGCACUCUAUCCUUAUGGAAGGUUCAUUGGUGGAGACUAACUCGAUCCUUGAAGCUGGGUCGGUGCUCCCACCUGGGAGGAGGAUUCCAAGUGGUGAACUCUGGGCUGGGAAUCCCGCAAGAUUUGUCAGGACCUUGACCCAUGAAGAGAUAAAAGAGAUACCUAAACUUUCCACUGCAAUAAAUGAUUUGGCCAAUGCUCACCACUCAGAAUUUCUGCCUUACUCCACCGUAUAUUUGGAAGUUGAGAAGCUUAAGAAGUCAUUUGGUAUUUCGAUUUAGAAGUUCUGUUUUUUUCGAUUGUACUUGUUGGGAGGAAAUAAGAAAAUUGUAAGACUCGUAAGUGAAACUUAGGGUCUGUUGUUCUUUUAAAUGUGAUUCUACAAUCCAGCGGAGCAAAUGUUUGUUCUCUGUUCAUGAAUUUUCUUCUAACACUCCGAUUUGGACAUCAAUACAUGUUAUGCUUUCCGAAAUCUCGAAUAUGCUUCGAGAUUUCUUGUAUUAAAUUAGAUGAAGAGCUUUUAGCUAUUG